ACUAUUUUGUGUGUUUCCAGCUCAGUUUGAUCGAGCCAAUAAAGUAAACAACAUCGUAGCAUGCCUCAGGCCAAUCUUAAGUUAAGUCCCCAUGAUCAGCAGGUGCUCGAUUCCAUUUUCAAUCCCCUCGAGCUUAGCAGCCUACAGACAAAUAACUUAAUUCCCGCUGAAUCCGACCUCAAGGAUGUGGAGCCGGACACCCAGGCCAUCAAAGCUUCCAGGGAACUGGAGCUAAGAGCCAUUGGCUUAUCCGAAAGCGGGGAUCUUGAUGGAGCCCUGGAGCUAUUUCAACAAUCAUUAAAUCUAGCCCAAAGGGCUUCCGUGCUAAAUAACCGUGCACAAACUUUACGCCUGGCCAAACGUGAUGAGGAUGCCCUCGAUGACCUAAACAAAGCCCUGGAACUUUCCAAUGAUCAGCAGACCCGCACCAAGUGCCACGCCCACUGUCAGCGAGGUGUCCUAUAUCGUAAACAGGAUAAUUUGGAGGCGGCUCGUGCCGACUUCGAGGCAGCAGCCCAGUUGGGCAGUAAAUUCGCCAGGGAACAGCUGGUGGAAAUCAAUCCAUUUGCAGCUCUCUGCAAUCAAAUGCUCCGUCAGGCAUUCGAUCAACUCAAGUAGCAAGUUAUGCAGUUGAAUUUUUAUGAGUUACUGGAUUAUUAAUAAACAAAAUUAAUGAAAU